CUAGAGUAUCCCGCCCAUCAGUGUGUGUUCGAAUCGAUAGGAGGCACGCAGCCAUUACAAUACAUUGAAUUCCAACCGUUCGCAACGUGAUUAAAGGAACUAGACUGUUACUGCAUCGUUUUCUUUGUUUAAAUUUCAUUUUUUUUAAACUGAAUUUGAACUUUAAAACGGUCCUUUUAUCUGUUUUUCAAACAGUCGUAACGUAUAUGUAAAUAUAGUCAGCGUUGCGUCGACGUGAGACGCUCCGCAUUCCCAAGCGUUUGACUCAUACAGCCUUAUCCGUUUGUUUAGCGCAUUCAUCUGAGCGCCUGCUUUUCGUUAACCAAGAAUAUUCAGACUUUAGAGACUCGCUUCGAUUUAGAUGGCAAGCUUCCCAGAUUUUGUCAACGAAAAUGAAAUAGGUAAAGCUAAGUUCAUCGGGGAACUCAUACCUCCUGUUGCUCCCUUUGACCAGAAGUCUGGACGGGAGACUUGGACUGUAGCUUUUGCACCUGAUGGUUCCUACUUCGCUUGGUCUCAAGGACAUCGAAUUGUGAGACUUGUACCAUGGAAAAAAUGCUUAGCCAGCUUUUCUGUACGAAAUGAAGAUCGGUCGAGCAGUGCAGGUCCUCGACGACUGUCCCGGCAGAACAGUGAGGGCAGUCUGCUGCCAGGCGAGCCCAGAGAGCACACCAUCGACUGUGGUGACAUUGUCUGGGGCCUGGCCUUCGGCUCUUCUGUCCCUGAAAAACAGAGUCGCUGUGUUAAUAUCGAAUGGCACAGGUUCAAGUUCGGCCAGGACCAGCUGCUGCUGGCCACAGGCCUCAACAAUGGCCGCAUCAAAAUUUGGGACGUCUAUACAGGAAAACUUUUGCUGAACCUGAUGGACCACACAGACAUUGUUCGAGACCUUACGUUUGCCCCAGAUGGGAGUUUAUUGCUGGUUUCUGCCUCAAGAGACAAGACUCUACGCGUGUGGGACCUCAAAGAUGACGGUAACAUGGUGAAGGUACUCCGUGGCCAUCAAAACUGGGUCUACUGCAGUGCUUUCUCACCGGAUUCAUCUGUCCUUUGUUCCGUAGGGGCAGGCAAAGCGGUCUUCCUGUGGGACAUGGAUAAGUACACUCUGAUCCGUAAGCUGGAGGGCCAUCAUAACGACGUGGUGUCCUGCGAGUUCUCUCCUGACGGGGCCUUGCUGGCCACAGCUUCCUACGACACCCGUGUCAUCAUAUGGGACCCUCAUACAGCCACAGUUCUGUUCGAGUUGGGGCAUCUCUUCCCUCCUCCCUCACCCAUAUUUGCAGGAGGAGCAAAUGAUCGAUGGGUUCGCUCUGUUGCCUUUUGUCAUGACGGUCGGCACAUUGCUAGCGUCACUGAUGACAUGCUGGUGCGUUUCUGGAGCAUCGAUGAUAAGAGUCCUCAGGCCAUCGCCCCUCUCACCAACGGCCUCUGUUGUGCCUUUUCUACUGACGGAAGUGUCUUAGCUGCGGGGUCUCGUGAUGGCAGCGUGCAUUUCUGGGCUUCUCCACGCAGCAUUGCGAGCCUCCAGCACUUGUGCCGCUUGACCCUGCGGCGAGUCAUGCCCACGCAGCAGGUUUAUACGCUUCCCAUUCCUUUCUCCAUGCACGACUACCUGGCAUACAAGACACUUUAAGUUGGAACGCAAAACACGGCGCUCUGUGAAACCAAUGAAAUGUGUAUGUGGGCCUUUUUUUUCCGUUAAAUUUUUUUUACAAAAAUAUUUUUCUGCGCAAACCGACUCUCUAAUGAAGGCGAGAUUGGUUCUUUUUGUAUUUAUUUAUUUUUCUUUUUUUUUUUUUAGUUUAGUUUUCCUAGUUGCAAGUGUAUUUCAAUGUUUUGUUCAAAUUUGUCUUUUUUUUUAAGCCCAUAAUAAGGUAGUGGCCUUCAAACAGCCUUAAUCAGCGGACCACGGUUUUCCUUUUUUUUUAUGGCACAAUUUGUACAGCACCUUAGAGUUGGUAAAUGAAAGGUGAAAGUUCUUUCUCUGGCUCUGUUUAAGGUAUUCCUAAACUGAGUUUAAGCGAUGUGAUGGGGGAUUGUCUCCCUAACAUUCUGCAGUGUUUUCUUCUUCCUUGCUGGUUGUGAGAGGGAUUGAAGGGAAGUGACAAUGUGAAAGUGUGUAUGUGCUUGUAAUGAGCGAAAUAUAGUUGAGUAGUUCAGAGACACAGGCAGUGCCUCCCCUUGACGUGCCUCUUUAGAGAUAAUAAACAUCCACACGCUUAUGCUGCUUCGUUAAUGGCUUUCAUCAUUACAAACCUAACACUUCAGUAACACAUCGGCUAAUUUGUU